AAUCCGGUACUAAGGUACGAACCAAACGCCAUCUUUAGUCACAACCAAAAACAGAUUCGAAUGCGCUACGCAAAUUGGGGAACAGAGGUCUGGAGCUUUCAGCUUUCGAGUCAGGGAAAGUAGACGGAAACUGAUCAAAAUCUCUCAUCCUCUAGCCUCUGAGACUAGAGGUUGAGUAACCAUGGCUUUUCUCCCCAUCCAAAUAGUUGUAUUAAUGCAGCUCUUGAUGAUUUUAGUUGCAUCCUUAUGUCUUAUGAAAAUUAAUGGUGUGGAUCUUGGAGAAGAAUUAACGGGAGGAGUACACGGAGGAGGCUCAGGUCAAGAACAAAGAGAGUUUGAUUACUUCAAGCUGGCUCUUCAAUGGCCAGGCACCAUUUGUCAAGGAAAUCACCGGUGUUGUGCCUCCAAUGGUUGUUGCCAAGGCUCGAAUUCGCUAUCUGAAUUUACAAUACAUGGACUAUGGCCUGAUUACAAUGAUGGAUCUUGGCCAGCCUGUUGCAAUGGUCCCAGAUAUGAUUCCAAAGAGGUGCUUUGUCUGACCAUGCUCUGCUUUGGACAUGAACAUGCUUUCAAUCGAACUUCCAUCCAAAAUACCAUUUCAACACUGACUGAUGUUCUCAAGAAGUAUUGGCCAUCUUUAAGUUGUAGUAAAUCAUCAACAUGCCAUGGAGGGAAAGGAACAUUUUGGGCUCAUGAGUGGGAAAAGCAUGGGACAUGUUGCUCUCCUGUUAUUCGUGAUGAAUACAGCUAUUUUUUGACGGCUAUUAAUGUCUACUCCAAGUAUAAUGUCACACAAGUUCUGAAUGAAGCUGGAUAUUUACCAUCAAACUCUGAAAAGUAUCCUCUAGGGGGCAUAAUCGCAGCAAUUCAAAAUGCUUUCCAUGCAACACCGGAGCUCCAGUGCAAAGGUGGUGCAGUGGAGGAACUCCGUUUGUGCUUCUUUAAGGAUUUCAAGCCUCGAGAUUGCAUCAGUGAACCUCACAUUGAAAGUUAUCUGGUUGCUUCAAGCUCGUGUCCCAAGUACGUCAGCUUGCCUGAUGUUCAAGCCUCUUCAAGAUAUGCUGACACAAGAGUGGCUUUCUGAAUAAUCAUCAACGUGGAACGUUAUGCCAGUCGUCUUUCAAAGACACCUGUACCAAAUGAAGAGCCAGAGAUCAUCUGGAGAUGAUGUUGUAUGACAGACUAUUAGAAAAUUGAACAUCAAGAAUGGGAUAUUUGUCCCUUUUGGACCAUCAUUGUUAACUGCCUCGGAAUUACAAGAUGUUUGGAGCUGUCUAAAGUUGUAGCAGUGUAUCUGACAUAAAUAUUUCAUCCACUGUAGAUCUUCUCUGGUUGUUUAUAUGUAAUCUGUUAGUAGUUUAUUUGGUCAAACGAUCCUCCUAUUAUCUCCA